AUGUUAGAUAAAGGAAUUGCUUUCUUGCUGAGGAAAUUUGGGUUUCCAACACCAGUAGCCUCAUUCACGGGUGGACUAGUUGGCGAUGCAUCACCGUUUGCCGUAUUACCUCGGAUAACACCCACGACAACCUUCAUUAUAGUCUUGCUUGCCUUAUCUCCUUGUCUUUUUAAAACUUGGAGGGAUCCCAGGCCGAGGCUGAUUGCCAGAUCAGUCGCCUAUGCAUACACAUGUGGUUUUUUAUUUGGGUGGCAUGUUCAUGAGAAAGCAUCACUACACAUAUCUAUCCCCCUUGCUCUUGUUGCUGUAGAAAGUUUGGAGGACGCAAAGCAUUAUUUCUUGUUAUCCGUAGUGUCUUGCUACUCGCUCUUUCCCCUUCCAUACGAAGCCCAAGAAUACCCAAUAAAAGUGUUGCUGUUGCUGCUACACACAAUCCUGAUGUGGUUCUGUUUUUCCGCACUAUACCCGAAGAUCGUAGCAACGAAGGGCUCUUUGCAGGCUGAUAAGAAGGCCACUCAAUUCGAGUCAAUGGGAAGUUCCAGAACCUCUGCCAAGAAACAAUGGUUCGAGCUCGGUUGGGUCGCAAAGAGUUACCUCUUGGGUGUUGUGGUUGUCGAGAUAUGGGGUCAUUUUUUGCAUUCUUACCUUCGCGGUGACAAUCUUCCCUUUCUACCACUAAUGUCGAUCUCAAUGUAUUGUGCAUUUGUACUCUUGGAUCUGGCAACUGAAACGGAUAAUCGUAUCCUCCUGACUUCACUUGGUACUCCCUUAGCUUGCAUCCAUUUUUGUUCUCACUUAGCUUGCUUUAUUUCUAUUAUAUAUGGAGAAGACGAUUCUUGA